AUGGAUCUAAACCUAUUGCCAAACAGAGAACUUGUCGAGGAUCUCCUAGGCUCUUCACUAUCGACUGAUAGAUCAGUUGCCACACUUUAUCAGAUGACAGAAGAAGACGAUGGCAUCCCCAUUCGAUGGCUGACUUCUUUUGGUGAGGAUUUUUUGUUGAAUCCAAGGCUUCAUGUUCGAACUCAUGAGGGUCAAAAGCCCACCACUGAUGAACAGGAUAAGCUCACACAACUUAGCUUGGGGAAUUUUGCUGGGAACACAUCCCAACCUCUACCAAGGCUUCCAGAUCAUGAGGAAACUUACAACCAAGAGGUACUACCAUCUCCACCAUGCAAAAGAGCCGAGUUGUCCUCCUCGGAAGGGAAAGGUCGAACUUAUAAGAAGUUCAGUUUUGAAGAAAUGGAAAAACUGAUUGAAGGAGUUGAGAAAUAUGGAGGGAAGUAAGUUUUAUUAUGACAUGAAACACAACUAA